UUGACGUCAAUACACGUCAACCAGAGAACAUGAUGCCUCUUUGCAAGUCAACUCGUGUGCUCUUGUAGCUGAUAGAGGCACCUCGAGCUGAAAUAUUAUAGCUCUAUUGUAUUGGAGAACGUGGUGUGACAGCCCCCCCCCCAACACCACCACCACCACCACCACCACCCCCCGGCAGCAGCAGCGGCAGCGGCAGCAGCAGCAGCAGCAAAUGGCCUGCUUCGUAACGCUGCACUGACGGGAGAGUGUCGCCACAUUGGCCGUACAAGCUGGGUCAGGGCGACACAAGAUAUCAACUUUGUGUGUUUUUAAUGGACACGCUUCGAGCGGCGGCGGUGGUGGCGGCGACGGCGGCGGCGGCAGAAGCGGCGGCGGCGGGCGGUUUGUUUUCCUUUCGUCUUUAUCUGUAGCUCGCCCGUGUUGGAGCCCCCCGUGUGCGUGUGUGUGUGUGCGUGUGUGUGUGUGUGUGUGUCCCUCUGCUCCGUCUGGCUACCUCCUCCUCCUCCUACUUGGUCCACAAACAAGUCCCCAGUUUAGAACAGCAUGGUCAUGGCUGACAGUGUCCAAAAACCGAUGAUCCGGGGUCCGGUCCGAGUGGGCUUCUACGACAUCGAGCGCACUUUAGGAAAGGGGAAUUUCGCUGUCGUGAAGCUGGCAAGACACCGCAUAACCAAGACCGAGGUGGCCAUUAAGAUCAUCGACAAGACCCAACUGGAUGCCGUCAACUUGGAGAAGAUCUACAGGGAAGUCCAGAUCAUGAAAAUGCUGGACCACCCCCACAUCAUCAAGCUCUACCAGGUGAUGGAGACGAAGAACAUGCUUUACUUAGUCACGGAGUAUGCCAAGAAUGGGGAGAUCUUUGACUACCUGGCGAAGCACGGCCGCCUCAGCGAGUUGGAGGCCAGGAGGAAGUUCUGGCAAAUCCUGUCGGCGGUGGAGUAUUGUCACAACCGCAACAUCGUCCACAGAGACCUGAAGGCGGAGAAUCUGCUGCUGGACGGCCACAUGAACAUCAAAAUUGCAGAUUUUGGAUUCGGGAACUUCUUCCAGCCCGGGGAGCCUCUGGCCACGUGGUGCGGCAGCCCUCCUUAUGCUGCUCCAGAAGUUUUCGAGGGCCAACAGUACGAAGGUCCACAGCUAGACAUCUGGAGUAUGGGGGUGGUUCUAUAUGUGCUGGUGUGUGGUGCGUUGCCCUUUGAUGGGCCCACUCUGCCCGUACUUCGACAAAGAGUGCUAGAAGGAAGGUUUCGCAUCCCCUACUUCAUGACUGAAGACUGUGAGCACCUGAUCCGCAGGAUGUUGGUCCUGGAUCCAUCCAAGCGUCUAUCUGUGGCCCAGAUCAAGGAGCACAAGUGGAUGGCCCUGUAUGUUCCCGUACAGAGGCCUGUUUUGUACCAACAGCCUCUGUCCACUGAGGGUGAGGCGGGCGUCGGAGAGUACAGCGAACAGGUCCUUCGCCUGAUGCACAGCCUUGGUAUCGACCAGCACAAGACUAUAGAGUCCCUGCAGAACAAAAGCUACAACCACUUUGCUGCUAUCUACUACCUGCUGGUGGAGCGGCUGAAGGCCCACCGCUGCAGCUUCCCCGUCGAACAGCGGCUCGAUGCCCGCCAGCGACGGCCAAGCACCAUUGCCGAGCAGACUGUCGUCAAGUCGACCAGCGGUUCAGCCCAGGUGGGUUUGCUCCCACAAGGCGUUCGUAUGCUGCGCUCACCCGCUGUGCCCCAAGCCUCCUCUGAUGCUUUCACCUUCCCCCAGACUGCCUGUCCCCUGGAGCAGAAUUUCAUGGUGGAGGACGUCAACACGCCUAAAGUGAACGGCUGCCUGCUGGACCCCCUGCCUCCCCCCACUGUCCUCCGCAAGUCCUCCACCUCGUCGCCUAGCAACAUGAUGGAGACAUCGAUCGAUGAGGGCAUCGAGACAGAGGAGCCCGACACAGAGGAUGAUCCGCCACACCUGCUCUCGGCCUAUCAGACAGCUCGGUUCGGCCAGAGGCGACACACCCUCUCUGAGGUGACCAACCAGCCGGGGCCUUCGAACCAAGGUAAAUUAUUCACUCUAGGCCACAAUCCCUCCAUGGGCAGCGUGGACUCAGACAUCGGCUACGACAUGGGCUCCAUGCACAGCGACCUCGGCCUGCUGGAGGAUCCCCCCUCUCUCGGUGAGGUGGUACCAGCCAACAGCUCUGCCCCCGGCGUCCCCCCUACCCCUUUCAUGAGCACACGACCGGCCAACCCAGCGAUGGCCGCCCUCACUUCACAGCAUAGGGAAGCGCACAACCGCUCCCCCAUCAGCUUCAGAGAAGGACGCCGUGCCUCUGACACCUCCCUCACCCAAGGUCUGGUUGCCUUUCGGCAGCACCUCCAGAACUUGGCGAGGACCAAAGGCAUCCUGGAGCUGAACAAAGUCCAGAUGCUGGUGGAACAGAUGGGCUCUGGAGAAGGGGCCGCAAUGGGCCCCAUGGGACCACAGCACCACUUGCACAACCUCCUGGAGGGCGAGGCAUCCAAGCAGCAGGAGGGCCUAGCUUUAUACCAAGGUGGGCCGCAUCCGCCUCUCCUGUCCCGCAGACAGAGCUUGGAGACACAAUACCUCACUCAUAGACUACAGGCCAACGUCUUGGCUAACAGUCCUGCUAGCUGCCAACUUUUCUGCAAGGAGACUCCUCGAAGUUUAGAGCAACAGCUGCAGGAACACAGGCUGCACCAGAAGAGGAUGUACUUGCAGCAGUCACAGGGCGUGGGGCUGCAGGCUUACUUUAACCAGAUGCAGAUAGCUGAAGGAUCCUACCCUACAGGCAGCCCUGCUCUGGAUCCAGCUGCAUCUCAAAGUUCCCCUCAGGGCCCCACCAUGUCAGCUGCCCACCAGCCUCUGCUCCAGCAGCAGGGUAGUCCUCAGGACUCGCCUCCCUUCAGCCACCCCCAUAGCUUGAGCCCCUUAAUGGAACCAGGCGAAGGCCUGGUGUAUGAUCCCUACAUGAGCCACCACCACUACACCCAACACCUUCCCCCUGGAUCUCACCUCCACCACCAGCUCCAACAUCCCCAGCCUCAUGAAGCUUCUGCCAGCGGCCUGGGCUUCAGCUACCCUCUAGGCUGUGAGCAGCAGGUCCUGGGGCAUUCCACUGAGGCUCUUCUCCCAGAGCAGUAUGAGUUCCCCCUGGACCCCGCCUUGCUGCCCCCACCUGCUCCAGGAGAGGCUGAAGCUGGAGCUGUGGCUGGGGUUUUGGCUGGUCCGGGGCAGUCAGACAGCCUGGGCCUGCCCGAGCUGCAGAGCUCCCUCCUGGACAGUGAAAUGAUGGAGACCGUGGACUCCCAGCAUGGCUUCGUACUGGUCAACUAAAGCUAGCUUGAGGGGGUUAAUAGAAAGCAGUAUUAAGCAAUGAGAACCCACACAGCACUAAGAGCAGAGAGAAUGGAGAUGUAAGUGGAGGCAACAAGCGUAGCAACAGGGAAGGAGAAGUGUUAAUUUUUGUACGACUAAUACAAACUUCAUUUCUUAGUUGUGACGAACCUCAGACGACCUUUCUACCAAAAUCUUCCCUUAGCCUACCUCCCUUUCUCCCUCUCCUCUUCUGUUCUCGUUCUCAUCCGCUCUGUGAGGCAGGGUCAGGUCCGAUAUGUCGCACAAUGUGAGCUUCGCCGUGACCGAAUCGGCGAAGCUGCUGUUGUCACGGACGAUGUGCCGCCUGUGAGGACUGCGCCGUGCAGCCCGCGGUGAUGCUGCACAUCCCGGAGGCUGCAGAAUUUCACUUAGAAAUGGUUUGGAAGUGAAAUCAUUUAGGACUGACUGACAGGCAACCAAAAGGACAAUGGCUGACAGUGCUUUAUGUAUUUAAAAUAGGACACCAUUGACAACAAUAGACUGGUUCUUAAAACACUUUUGUGCAUUUCUUUUAUUUUUUUUUAAAUUUCAGUAGAUAAAUAAACAACUGAACAAGAGAAAAUGGCCCUCAUUUAUCACGGUACCAUGGAUAUUACCACAAAUUCAAGUGUCAACGGUGUUUUGUUGUCCGCUUUAUCGAAACAAUUUGACACACUAAUUCAUUAGCGCAUAGGUUUGAACACUAAUCUCUACAGUAUUCCUAUGAAAAACAACAGGUAACCUUUGUUUGACAUUUGCCUAAACAAAUACCCCAAACGUGGGAAGUGAGUCACCAGGUGGGUGAGUAAUGCACCAUUUGUCGAGCUACAUUUAUGCUUUUAACAGCACUAAACUCUCUUCAAGCUAUAUUUUUAGUUGAUGGACUAAAAAAACCAAUAAUAACUCUGUAGCUGCAGGCUUUUGUGUAAGCUAUGUGACAUUAAUAAUCUCUGUUAAUACAGUUGUUUUUGUUUUUUUGUAACUUGUAACUACUGAUCCUGAUUUAUUUCUUACACUACUGAACUGCUUAUUCCACCUUUCCAUCCGAUUGCGCACACUCGCCGGGCUCCGUUAUGCUCGUUAAGAUGAGGAUAAUUCCCAGUUUCGACAGUUGAAUUGUGGGUCAUGCGUUCGCCUGAUAAAUGAGGGCUGAUGUAAUUAACGUGUGUUUGGUUGAGAAGUAGCCGUGUUAGACAGUCGAUAUUAUUCUAUUUUUGUGGCAAUACUGAAGCAAUAUUAAUCCUUUAGUGUUUGAAGGGAUUAUGAAUGGAAGCCUCACCUGUACAGCCAACUCUGAUUGGUUCCUGGGAACCUCUUGAGUCGUCAGCAGUGACAUCACUUGAGCUCAUGAUGUAACCAGGAGAUAAUCUCUCACUCAUUCGCCCUGGAAAGUGCAGGGACAAGCCUGGAGACAGAGGUGUGUGUGUGUGUGUGUGUGUGUGUGUGUGUGAGUGAGUGAGUGAGAUUGUUUGUUUGCACAACUCAUACUUCAAAUUUUGUCAAAUCACUUGUCGUCAUUACUGAAAAAAGACAAACACUGUAUUGACGUCUCCAUUCAAAAUAACACAAACUGUGCGUUUCCCCUCAGUGCACAGUUGUAGCUUUUAGAUGAAUUCUGGUUUACAUCUUCAGUGCUCCUGUCAUGCCUCUGUGUUGUUUUAUUGAUGAAUCAUGUUUCUAAUAAUGAAAUGACCCCUUAAAGACUCCCUGCAUUCGAUUUCACAAAAGAAUGUUUCCUCUCUGACGUUGACGGCUGCUGUGAGAUGAAGACCAGCAGAACGUCGGUCACCUGACACUGGAUUUUUGACUAUAGGCUCACCACCGCUCUUUGACUGACAGCAAGCCAGCAACAAGACGAGAGAUCUUUUUUUUUUUAUUAUUAUUUUUCUUACAGCACUUCGACUGUGUUUAAUCUACUUGAAGCACACAGAUGUAUCUUCUCUGACAGACGAUGAUGAGUUAAAAAAAAUCUUUUAAUUGGAAUAAGAGGACGGUGAACGUCAAAGGGUUGAGACGAGAUUAUUAGACUUAUUGUUAUUAUUAUUAUCUGCCAGACUGUGUGACCUUCACUGUUCGUGGGUUAAACUGUAGGAGUGUUUGUAGUCAGAUUAGCCUUCACACAAGACAGUAACUUACUCUCAGUCUAUAGACUUUGACUGAGCAGAUAUAUCUCAAGAGUUCACGAUCAGGCUCUAAAGAACAGAGGUGGUUUGACUAUGGAGUCUUUUAUAGUUGCAGUUAACAGUCUUAAACGUUGGCUAGAAAAUGUGGACCAACUGUGGUUGCAGUCCUGUGCGAGGCUGGAAGGAAAAAUCCACCCCAAAAUACUUUUCACACUGUUUCGCAACAGAUUAAGGCUGCGGCUAAUGAUCGAGUUAUCUGCUGAUUAUUUUCAUCAUUAAUCACUUAGUUUAAUCUAUAAAUGUCACACAAUGGUGACAAAUGCCUGUCACAAGAGUUCAGUUAAAUAAAAAAAUGGGCAUAUUUCUAUCACUUUUACCACAUCUGCUUUAAAAAAACAGACUUUAGCAAUGCAGUUUUCUCCUGGACCUCUUUUUGUUCUUCAGUUUACUUUUUUUUUCCUGAGUACAAGUGAUCAAUAUGACAUCGCGUUGAGAUAUUUCUGGCAUCCAUAGUACGUCACCAUUUAGUUUUGACAUUUAACAGAGAUACUCAACAGUGGCCUCAUUGGCCAGAGCACACUGCAGCCACAAGACAUGUUGCAAAACAGGUCUUGUGGUUUCAUUAAUAGUUCCACCCUAAAAUUUACAAACUAGUCGGGUUAGCUGGCUACGUUUAUGUGGUCAAUACACCCACAAAUUUAUUGACAGAAAUAAGGUCACACCCAGUUUGUGGGUCGUGAUGAAAAUGUCCGAACAUAAAACAAUAACUCUAUACAGAACAUUAAAUUGUCGUUGCACCGCAGUGCAACAGUACUGAAGGGUGGAUUUCGCCUUUUUUUUUUUUAAGCAAAUAUUUUGAUGAUUGUUUUCUUUAAUUAUGUCAAUAGUCAGGCUACAGCUACAGGAUGAUCUGUGGUAGCUGAAUACUGGAGCACUUUGACAACAAGGGGAAGACGAGAUGUAGCGAGAGAGAGGAGGAGGUGAUUGUGGCGGAGGUGGUGGAAAAGGUUUGUAUUGCUCUGCCGUUUCCUGGCAGAUGAAACGAACCGUAAUCUGUAGGAAACACCUUUCUCCUCUCUCUCUUCCCCCCCACCACCAAUAAUGGACACAAAACAAAAUCUUCUUUCAAAGAAAGACCAGACACAGUAACACUUUAUCUGAUUGUUGAUUUUUAAUCCAAGAAAGAGCAACACUUUCUUUUGUACAAAUUAGAGGUGUAGUGAAUCUUCAGUGUACGCUCAAGUCGCACCGAGGUGAAUUUUUGUGUUGAACGUGAAAAGUGUUCAGUGUGCCUUUUUACUUUUUUCAAUCUGAGUUAAGUUUCUGGUUGGACCCUUUUAUCAUUUAUUUGAUUACCUUUCUUUCUUUUCUGUUUUUUUUUCUUUUCUUCUCUUCCAGAAGUGAGUAGAGCCAGGUUUUACAAAGGUACAAAACCAAAGUCCCUCAGAAGUUUCCCUGUACGACCCACCGUGUGGAGUUUUGGAGCUUCUUUAUCAGCUUCUCUACCGUGCUUUUUUUUUUUUUUUUUCUUUGUUGGUCGAUCAGUGUAUGCCAUUUAAAAGUAUUAUAGCAAUAUUUCUCUAGUUGAAGACUUAAAAGUCAUGAAGAUUCUAGUGGACGUGUUUCAGAGUAUCAUAAUUUCACCUCCUGCUGAUAAAAGACAUCAAUCUAUCAAUAGAAAUCAAGUUUUAUAUUUACCUUCAUUGAUGUUGACCACACAUAAGCUAACUUGCUGUUGAGAUUAAAAAAAGGUUUAUUGAACAUAAAAAAAAAA